GGUUAUAUUAUCUUGACUGAAAUUUACCAACUCUGCGGGUUUUUUUCACAUCACACAUUGUUGGUAAAGAGUGAGGAAGGCAUCAACCACAUAGGUGGAUUAAGUUAGCAUUCCACAAAUACUAACUGCGCGCAUGCUUUUGCGAGUGAUUUUACCAGCGGAUUUUUGGCUGUGCACUAUAGCUCAAAAGUUUGCAUUUUUUGGUCUUCUAAAACAUAAAUAUUUAAAAAAUUAAACAAAUCGAAGGGGUUAAAGUUGGUCAAAAUUGAGUUUUUAUUACAAAAAGUGAAAUAAAAAAAAAUGAUUUAUUUUUCUGAAAAGCCUAAUUUAAACUACAACAUUGUUAAAAGCUUUUUGGAACAAGCUAAAUUUUAUUUUGAAAAAAAAAACGUUCGAAUCCAAUGGAUAAAAACAAAUUCAGUAUUUAAAAAAGUUUUUGCACCCCUUGAGCACCAUAAGGCCAUUACAUUUUGUGAUGAAACAUGUAAAAAAUUGAAAGUUUGACAAAUAAUUAGAACCAAGUGAAAAACGUUUUGUUCAGAAACUUAUAUCGAACAUUUUUUCUCUUCAAUUUGCGUGAAACUUUGACCUAAGGGGUAACAUUUGUCUCUGAACACGAAUCCGAGGUUCGUUUUUUGAUAUCUCGUGAUGGAAGGGAGGUACGAUCCCUUUCAUUUUUGAGCAUUCUAAAAAAAAGUGUUUUUAAAUUUUUUGCAGCCUGAAACGGUGAUGAGAUAGAAAUUUGGUGUCAAAGGGACUUUUAUGUAAAAUUAGACGCCUGAUUCGAUGGCGUACUCAGAAUUCCGAAAAAAUGUAAUUUUCAUCGAAAAAAACACAAAAAAAGUUUUAAAACUCUGCCAUUUUUCGUUACUCGACUGUAAUUUUUUUUGGGACAUGUCAUUUUAAGGGAAAUUUAAUGUACUUUUCGAAUCUACAUUGACCCAAAAGGGUCAUUUUUUCAUUUAGAACAUUUUUUUCAUUUUAAAAUUUCGUGUUUUUCGAACUUUGUAGGGUUAUUUCUUAGAGUGUAAUAAUGUUCUACAAAGUUGUAGAGCAGACAAUUACAAAAAAAUGAUACAUAAACAUAAGGGGUUUGCUAAUAAACAUCACGAGUUUUCGCGAUUUUACGAAAAAAAAGUUUUGAAAAAGUUUCAUCAUCGUCAACCACGACAGACACGGACGACAAAACAAAGAGAAACGCAAAAAGUAACUUUUGUUAAAUUGUCUGCUCUACAACUUUGUAGAACAUUGUUACACUCUAAAAAAUAUUCGAAAAGCACAUUAAAUUUCCCUUAAAAUGACAUGUUCCAAAAAAUUUUACAGUUUAGUAACGGAAAAUGGCAGAGUUUUUAAAACUUUUUUUUUCGAUGAAAAAUACGUUUUUUCGGAAUUCUGAGUACGCCAUCAAAUCAGGCACCUAAUUUUAAAUAAAAGUCCCUUUGACACCAAAUUUCUGUCUCAUCACCGUUUCAGGCUGCAAAUUAUUGAAAAACACCUCUUUUUUCGCAUGUUCAAAAAUGGAAGGGGCCGUACCUCCCCUCCGUCACGAGAUAUCAAAAAACGGACCUCUGAUUCGUGUUCAGGGACAAAUGUUACCCCUUGGGACAAAGUUUCACGCAAAUCGAAGAGGGGUCGGGGCAACUUUUCCCGAUUUCGUGUGAGUUGGUAGAGAAUUACCCAAUGAAAAGAUGAUUUUUAUAGAAAAGUAUCAUAAUAAAUACUUAAUAAGGCAAAAAACUGUCAAAAAAUGCUUGUCAAUUUUUCCAAACUAAGUUAUUUGUUGAUAAAUCACCAUUACUCUAGUAACUCAACCCCUAAUAGUCAUCCCUGACUAAUUUGGAUUGAAUAGUUUACCAAUUAAUUAGAUUAAAAGUUUAUAUAACUUUGAAAAUUUCAUAUAAAACUUAUCAAAAAUUAGUUCGCAAUUCCCCACGAAAACAGCAUGAUUCGAGAAAAAAAAAGUUCUCCGAUCGGGCUCAAAAUUUUUUCUGAGGGUUCGUUGGCUGACAUAAUAAGACCCUUAUUUUUGGCCAUUAGGUUGACCUACGCCGUGUUAGGAUGGUCCGAAAAAUGGCCAGAUUUGUGGAUUUUUGCAAAAAAAAAAAAAAAUGCAUUAUCCACAUUGCUCCGUACCAUUUAAACAGAUUUUAGCUGUCUCGACGCACAUGAAAGGUAAUUAGUUUGCCUUUCAAGGAAAAAUAAAUUAGAGAUCCGAAAAAACAGCAAAAAAAAAAUGAAAAAGUCGUUAGAAAUUUAAAGUGCUGUUUUGAAAGUUUCGGGGCCAAAGGGCCUUUGUCUGAUAAUAUUUUAAUCGGAUUUCUCGGAUUUUUUUUUUUUCAGUCAUGAUUUCAGUAUUCCAAGCAGGGGUUGUGAUGGAUCGACAUUUUUUCUGACAGUUGAUUGAGUUCUUCUCUCAUUUUCGCUACCUCUGCCUGACCUAGAGUUUCUGUUUUCGCUCAAGCGCACACGAAUGAAUGAGCGCCACAAAAAGUCACUCACAUGCUCAAUUGACACUCUCCCGAAAUUCAUUCGAGUAUCACUAGCUUGUUUGACAUUUGAUCGGAAUUUCGAUCAAAGUUGCAAUGACAGCUAUCAUUCGAUCGCUCUUUUUCUCUAUCACUGACUGUUGUUGCUGGUCGUGUACGCUGCGGAUAGCCGAAAGUAGUUUUUUUAGUUUUAAGCUCGGUUUUGAGUUUGUAUCUUUUUCUGCCCAAAAAUGUCCGCGACGCCAAGUUCAGCGGAAAAGAAACGGUCGUUCCGGGACCUCACCAAGGAGAAUGUCGAGUUUGUGGACGGUAAAGCUUGCUGCAACAUCGGCGGCGGCGGCCAAGUAAAAAGAUGUAGGUACUAUCAAGAAAAGUAUGAGCCCGGAAACAUGGUGCGGCAUUUCCGCUCUCGACAUGUGCAGAUCGCCAAGGAAAAAGGCUUCUUCCGGGAAGACGCGGAAGCGCCUGAGGAGAGACCUCCAAGGCCCCCUAAGAAAAUCCAGGUUGCAAUCAAUCGGCAGAUUGUGUCAUCGGCAUGUGCCCGCCUUGUAACAGUCAACAACCUGCCUCUGUCGGCCAUUGACUGGCCGGCAAUGCAGGAUAUACUCAAACCACUUGCGGACGCGAUGCAUGCAGAGUCCUUUUCCACAUAUAACACGAGAUGUCUGUUGAACAGCGCUGCGGAAAGGAUCCGCGGAAAAAUGGCAGAUGAGAUGCGCGGAAAAUUGAUCUGCAUAAAAAUCGAUGGCGCAUCUCGCCAUGGACGUCACAUAAUUGGUAUCAACGCUCAAUUCCGGCCUCGAGAAGGCGGGGACAUCGUUAUCCGAACGCUUGGCAUGGUGGAGGUACGGGAGAAGCAAACCGGCAAGUUCUUGAAGAGUAAAAUCCUCGAAAUACUAGCCAAGUACGAGAUCGGCGUCGAACGCAUUUUUUGUGUGACGUGUGAUAACGGGGCCAAUAUGUUGGCCACCGUUCGCGAGCUGAGGAAGGAGUUCGAAAUAAUCCUCAACGGACAGGCCAGCGACAACGAAGACGACGAAGCAGAUGAACAAACCGCGUGGACAAUUUUACGAAGCGUUUUGCCUGAAUUUCAAGAGUCGGUGAAUCUCGUCCGGUGUGGAGUACACACACUCCAACUGGCAGUGAACGACGUCACAAAGCGUCAUGAUCAGCAUAUUCGGCGCGUUUCGGAGGUGGCGAAACAUUGCCGUAAGGUCGUUUACGCCCACAACUUCGAGCAGCGACCACUUCCGCCACUCCCCCCUCGAACAAGAUGGGGUGGAAUCUAUGACAUGCUGUCAAACUUUGCAAAGGAUAAAGAUUUCUACGUGGAUAUGGGCUCGAGAUUCGAAGAACUUGAUUUGACGGACAGCUGGAGUUUCAUUCAUGAUUACCUGGAAACAUUUGAACCGGUAUACUAUUGCACGAAAAACAUGCAGAUGCAUCACGUCGGUCUGUCAGACUUAGUGAUGGCCUGGUUGGACGCGGCUUAUAAGGUGAGCAUGGUUGAAAGCAGCCUCGCGAAAGAGCUGUACCAAGCUCUGGAUAGCCGAUUGCAAAUGCUGAAAAAAUGCCUGCCGCUCAAGGCGGCUCUGUUCUUGGACCCCAGAUUCCAUUAUCUUGAUUCGAGUCUGUUCAAAGACGACGAAAAGGCUGAGCUUCGGAAAUUCAUCAGAGAUACCUCCACGCGAAUUGCUGCUCUGUCGUCGGUCGCUGAUGAAACGCCACAAUCCGCCGAACCGAAACCCAAUCCGCGCGACGGAUUUCAAGCUUAUUUGUGCGGGAUGUUCGGAGGUCAACCCACCACCUCCAAGGCUGGCGGAAAACUCAUUCUGGACGAGCAGAUUUUAUCCUUAGAUGCUACCCUCCAGCAGCCUCACACAAUUGAUGUUUGGGAAUUCUGGCAAUCGCGGAAAUCCUCCCAUCCCGAGCUGUACCAGGUGGCCUCUCUAAUUUUUAGUGUUCCAUCCAAUCAGGUCUCAGUUGAGCGUGCCUUCAGUGCGCUGCGCCUUGUGUUGGCUGAUCAACGCACCUCCCUUGGCGAAGAAACAUUAGAGAUUAUUUUGAUCCUAAAGCUCAAUGUGCAGCUUUUCAACGAGGUUCUAGUUGAGCUGACCAGUGACGUGGAAGACGAGUGAAGGCAAAAUUGCGCAUUUUCCUACUUUGAAUUGUUUUUUUUUUUUGCCGACUUUGAAUUGCUUUAUUUGCCGUUAUUACCUUGUUUUUUCAUCGCCAUCAUCUACAAACCAGAAAUAAAUCAAUGAAUUCCAGCUAUAGUCGUAAAUUUUUUUUUCCCAUAAUAAUGCAUGGGCAUUGUUUGGCCUAGCCCAGCACAUGUUUUAAAAAUAAUAAUGUUGAGAAAAACCUUACCUGUUGGAAAAUAUUCCUAAAACUAAUUGAAAUCCUAUCAAAGUCACCCCGGUUAACGGUAUUCAAAAGAUUUUCCCAAUGAGCCUAAAACAUCGAUGAUCUGAUAAACCUAACAACAAUUAUUAGCACUUAAGUAUUAUUUAUACACUUUUCAGAGACCGGUUCGAUGAAAAUGAUGUCCAAAUCCAUCAUGCAACACGUCGUUAUUUGGAUAAUUCAACACUUUCACUGAAUAGUGAAAGCUACAAUAUUUCAUGAAUAAAUGAAAGUUGCUAGUAUUUAUAAUUGAGCUGAAAAGUCAUCGAUUGUGAUUGGACACUCAAUAAUAUUUUAACUGAAUGAAUGUACAUGGAAGAGAAAAUCUGAAUUAAUAUAAAUUUAAAAAAACGCCUUUCAAAUGAGCCUUAAACAUCGACGAUCUGAUAACCCUAUCAAAAGUUAUGAGCACUUUAGUGUUAUUUAUACAGUUUUUAGAGGUUGGAUCUCAGAUAUUUUGUUUAAAAUGAUAGCCGGGUCCAUUAAAAUUAGCGAAUCCAAGAAUAUCCGUAAAUUUCUAUAUUAAGAAAAAUGUAUUUGAAAGGUUUUUCCGAUGGUUCUAUAAAACAAUCUUGUCAAAUGAAAUGAGUUAUGAAACAUAAAUUAUUAAAUAUUUUAAGGGCGAAUGAUGUGAUUUUGUUACAAAUUUGUUGUAAACAGAUAGGACGUGUGGCAAGAUAGUACGCAAGCGACGAAGUAAUACAUGAAUGUGAGGAAGGCACCAACCACCUGAACUGCCGUUCUACGCAUAAUUGUCCCAUGUUCAAAAAAGUAAAAAAAAACGUGAUUGAAAUUUUUCGACCGAUUUUUGUGUUUCCCCGAAUUGCCCCAGUUAGCAGUUUAUGAUCUUCAUUUGUGAUCCUCUUGCUAUGCAACAGGUAAACAAGAUAUAAUGCUUCGUAAAAUUAAUGAUUCCGUGUAGGAAAAUACUUGGUGGGACAAUUAUGCGUAGAAGUGUAACGAUGAGACAAACAGACUUCUUGUUGUUUUUAUUGACUUUCCGAACAAAGUACUAGAUAACGUCAAACUAAUCUUAAAAAUGUCAGAAAGUCAAAAUCGUCCAAAAAUGACAUGGGACAAUUUAUGCAUAGAACGGCAGUGAAGGUGGGUUAAGUUAAGUUUUUAAACGUUUAUUCAGUAAGUUUUCUCAUGUCAUACCCGUGAAAAGUUUGGCGAGAAUUGACACAGUUUCGCCAAAUGUCAGCCUGACGCAUGUCAUUAAUUUCAUGCGAUGAAAUGUUCCAAAUGUUACCAGAAUUGAAAGUUUCACAAUACGGCUUAGGUGUCAGAAGGUUUGAAUA